CAGGGGCAUCGAUGCCUGUGUCCCCUCCUGCAGCUCAGGCUGGGGUGGGAGCACCAUCAUGCUAAACAACAGCCUGGCACUCAGCAGCCUGGACGGGAUUUACAUCAGCACCGAGUGCUUGGUGGCUUUGUUUGCCACUUUGGGCAACGUGCUGGUGAUCUGGGUGGUGAAGCUGAGCUCCACCUUCCAGAACACGACGCUGUACUUCAUCGCGUCCCUGGCGCUGGCCGACAUCGCCGUGGGGACCCUGGUGGUGCCCCUGGCCAUCGUGGUCAGCCUGGGCAUCACUGUGCACUUCUACACCUGCCUCUUCAUGUGCUGCCUCAUGGUGGUUUUCACCAACGCCUCCGUCCUCUCCCUCCUGGCCAUCGCCAUCGACAGGUACCUGCGAGUGAAGCUGCCGACCAGGUACAAGAGAAUCAUGACAGAGAGAAGAGUUUGGUGGGCACUGGGGCUGUGCUGGGCUGUGUCCCUGCUGGCCGCGCUGGUCCCCAUGUUUGGCUGGAACAAGCCAAGGGACUCCAACUUCCUCAGGUGCCAAUUCAUGUCUGUGAUGAGCAUGGAUUACAUGGUGUAUUUUGGCUUCCUCACGUGGAUCCUUGUCCCCCUGCUCAUCAUGUGUGCCCUGUAUGCUGAAAUCUUCCACAUCAUCAGGACAAAGCUGAGUCAAGGCACAACCGGUGUGAGAGGGGCCAGAGCUUUUUAUGGGCAGGAGUUCAAGAUGGCCAAGUCUCUUGCACUUGUUCUUUUCCUGUUUGCAAUAUCCUGGUUGCCUCUGUGCAUUAUAAACUGCAUUUCCUAUUUUUACCCCGAGUCUCAGAUCCCCAAGUUUUGGAUGUACUUGGGAAUCCUGUUAACCCACGCCAAUUCCGCCAUGAACCCCAUUGUCUACGCCUGCAAGAUCAAGAAGUUCAAAAGCACGUACUUUUUAAUUUUGAGGACCUAUAUCCUGUGCAAAAAACAGCCCCAGCUCUUACAGAGCAAACAAGAGACCCACAGUCAUAAAUAAAGACUGAACCUGCCAGUAUAGACCAGACAACUGAUAAACCACGUGGCUUUCCUAAGGAACUCAUGGAACAACGAAGCAACGUGUAGAUCUGAAGGUUACCCUAAAGCUGUAUGUGAAUAUAUGUCUUUGUAUUCUAUCAGUUCA